UCUCGAACGCUACCCUUAAAACCUAAAAGUUUUCCUUCACUUUCCUGGGAAAACAAACCAGCUAUUAGUUUGAUCAUCCGGGAUCAAGAUCACCUCUCUCCUUACUCCAUCUCUUGGAAAAAUGGCUGAUCCUGAAUUAGAAGCUAUCAGACAAAGAAGGAUGCAGGAGUUAAUGGCUCAACAUGGCGUUGGAAAUCACCAAAACUCUGAACAGCAGAAAGCCCAGGAAGAUGCCAAAAGGGAGGCAGAUGAACGAAGGCAAAUGAUGCUGAGUCAGAUUCUAUCUUCUGAAGCACGAGAAAGACUUGCUCGGAUUGCUUUGGUGAAGCCUGAGAAAGCUAGAGGAGUUGAAGAUGUUCUGCUGAGAGGUGCUCAAAUGGGUCAGAUUGUUGAAAAGGUUUCUGAAGAAAGGCUCAUUUCAUUGCUGGAGCAGAUUAACAAUCAAACAACUAAACAAACCAAAGUUACAAUCCAGAGGCGUAGGAGCGUUCUUGAGGAUGACGAUUAGUUUUGAUUGGAAAUGCUUCACAAUCAAAGAAGACCAAUGCUUUAUUCAUAGUUGUAUAUUUAAAGACAACAAAUACCCUCUAUGGUGGUUUGUGGAAUUUGCCGGACUCUGUGCACCCUGCUACUUUGUUGUAUCAAUUUUCUACCUAUUUCUCCCAACAUAUAUUCCAUGAGGUUUAGUUUUCUA